GCAGUUCCGGCGGGCAGCGGCCAUGGCCGGGGAGGUGCUGGGCAGGACGGCGGCGCUGGCCCUGGAAGAGCUGUACGUGUCUGAGCGAGAGGGCAACGAUGCCACGGGUGAUGGGACACAGAAGAAGCCGUUCAAGACUGUUUUGAAGGCUCUGAUGACAGCAGGGAAGGAACCCUUUCCUACUAUUUAUGUGGAUUCACAAAAGGAAAACGAGAGAUGGGCCAUUAUUUCAAAGUCACAGAUGAAAAAUGUCAAAAAACUGUGGCACAGGGAACAAAUGAAGAAUGAUGCUAAAGAGAAGAAGGAGGCAGAAGAUCUCUUGAGAAGAGAGAAGAACCUGGAGGAGGCUAAGAAGGUUAUUAUCAAGAAUGAUCCUAGUCUUCCAGAGCCAAAAUGUGUAAAGAUUGAUGCUCUGGAGGCCUACAGAGGCCAGAGAGUGAAGAUUUUUGGCUGGAUUCACAGGUUACGGAGACAAGGAAAAAACUUGAUGUUCAUUGUUUUGAGAGAUGGCACGGGUUUUCUUCAGUGUGUCCUAUCAGAUGAACUGUGUCAGUGCUACAACGGGCUGGUCCUCUCGACGGAGAGCAGCGUGGCGGUGUAUGGGACGCUCAACCUGGUCCCUGCGGGGAAGCAGGCUCCAGGAGGCCAUGAGCUGAACUGUGACUACUGGGAGCUCAUUGGUCUGGCCCCAGCAGGAGGGGCUGACAAUCUCCUCAAUGAGGAUUCGGAGGUUGACGUGCAACUGAACAACAGGCACAUGAUGAUCCGAGGCGAGAACAUGUCCAAAAUCUUCAAGGUGCGCUCCAUGGUGGUGCAGGCCUUCAGGGAUCAUUUCUUUGCCAAUGGAUAUUAUGAGGUCACACCACCAACUUUAGUCCAGACACAGGUGGAAGGAGGCUCAACCCUAUUCAAGCUGGAUUACUUUGGUGAAGAGGCGUACUUAACACAGUCCUCCCAGCUCUAUCUGGAGACCUGCAUUCCGGCACUAGGAGAUGUUUUCUGUGUUGCUCAGUCAUACAGAGCUGAGCAGUCCAGGACCCGCAGACACUUGGCAGAAUACACUCACAUUGAGGCUGAGUGUCCUUUUAUAAGUUUUGAGGAUUUGCUGGACCGUCUGGAGAACUUGGUUUGUGACGUGGUGGACAGAAUCUUGAAAUCACCUGCAUCGAGCUUACUGCACGACCUCAACCCGGGCUUCAAGCCCCCUAAGCGUCCUUUCCGACGGAUGAACUACACUGAAGCCAUCGAGUGGUUAAAGGAACACGAUGUGAAGAAGGAAGAUGGCACUUACUAUGAAUUUGGAGAAGAUAUUCCUGAAGCUCCUGAGAGGCUGAUGACAGACACCAUCAAUGAGCCAAUCUUGUUGUGCCGAUUCCCUGCAGAGAUCAAGUCGUUCUACAUGCAGCGCUGUCAGGACGAUACCCGCCUUACGGAGUCUGUCGAUGUGUUGAUGCCCAAUGUUGGUGAGAUCGUGGGUGGGUCCAUGCGUAUCUGGGACAGCGAGGAGCUACUCGAGGGCUACAAGAGAGAGGGCAUUGAUCCCACACCGUACUACUGGUACACUGACCAGAGGAAAUACGGUACCUGCCCUCAUGGUGGAUACGGUUUGGGAUUGGAGCGGUUCCUGACCUGGAUUCUGAACCGCCACCACAUCCGAGACGUGUGUCUGUACCCGCGCUUCGUGCAGCGCUGCAGGCCUUAGCCACCCUGCCCUCAGCUCCCGGGACACUGACCCGCUCCUGCCUCUGCAGCCUGACUGAGGACAAAACCUACUGCAACCUGUUGCUGACACAAAUGCUAAUUUAGGGUGUGAAAAGAAAAUCAAACUAAGCCCCUUUUUUAAAGGAAAAUGCUACUAAUUAACUGGAAGAAGCCCGAGAAAAAAAUUGCUAGGUACGUUUAUGGUCUCAAGUCAACAUAAAACAAAGAUUCUGAUGAGCUGUUAUUCAAAAAACAAGAUCUGCUUCUGCUUUUCAUUUCUGUGACUUAAAAUAUACUGGGUUUGUUUUUUUUUUAAAUCUGCUUUCAUUUUAAUCUGUUGUCUCUUGUGGUUUCUUGUUGGAGAAAUCAGGAGUUCAGGCUCUUUAAAUUCCCAGACUCACUUCUGAGAAUGCUAUGGAGACAUCAUCAUCUAGAUAGCUCAACAAAGUUUAAAAAUGGGAAUAAUUGCAUUAACUGCUGCAGUUUUUUAGCUCCUACAGUUUUAUUGGCAGUUCUGUUUGAGUUCAUGCAGUAGCAAGGUAUGUAGUACGGAGCACAAAAUUCCACUGCAAGAGAUGGGGGUUGUUGGGGUUGUUUUUUCCAGGUUAUUUAUUGGUUAGGAACACUGAGGCUGGUGGUGAGGUAGGCUUUGCUGCUCUUUCCUGAUCCCUGGGUCCAUGCACACCCAGCCUGUGCUGAGCUCCGUGUUGUCAGAGCACUGGCAGCGCAGACCCUGGGGUGGUGCUGGUGCCUUCCAAGUGACUGCUCUGCCAUCUGUUGCAAACCAGAAGUGGCCAACUGAAGACUCAAAGAACCUGGUAGCUUUGACACACUGGGAGUUCAGGACUGUGUGCUGACCCACUUGCUGUCCUCUCCAGGGGAGCUGUAGUUCAAGCAGUGCUUUCCCACAUCGUGCUCAAGUAUGUUUUCAUCAUAGAGCAGUCCUGUGUUUUCUAGUUCGCUCUGUGUUCUCUUCUGCUACUGCAUCAGAUUCUCUGGCUGUAAUCAACUUAUCAAAUAGGAUUAAUUAAAUAUUUAAUGUGUCAUCUGUAUGCUUUUUAGUCAUAAAUGAAGCAAUCCCUUUUACUAGAGAGAAAAAAAAAAUGGCAGGUGCAUAUUUGGUACCUGCACGAAGACUUGAUCUGGGUUUGCCAUCCAUGGAAUCAUUGAGCUGUGCAAUAUCCAUAUUUUUGUAAUGAAUGCCUGGUUUUCUUCAUCUUGCAUGUUUCAUGUAUAUGAACUGGUCUAAGUCAGCAACCAAUAAAUUAUGACAAGGCAGUA